AUGCUGCUAAUUUGGACAAUCUCGCUGCUGUUGGGCACAGUUGCAGGAAAAGAAGUUUGCUUUCCAAGACUUGGAUGCUUUACAGAUGAUAAACCAUGGUCUGGCAUUAUAGAAAGACCCCUUAAAUUGCUUCCCUGGUCUCCAGAAGAUAUCAAUGCCCGAUUUCUUCUAUAUACCAAUGAAAACCAAGACAGCUAUCAAGAAAUUGUCCCGGAAGAUUUGGAAACUAUCAAAAGUUCUAAUUUCAACAAGGAUAGAAAAACUCGAUUUAUUAUUCAUGGAUUUGUAGAUAAAGGUGAAGAAGACUGGUUGUCACAUAUGUGCAAGAAUUUAUUUCAAGUGGAAGAGGUAAACUGCAUUUGUAUCGACUGGAAAAAGGGGGCACGAACUGAAUAUACUCAAGCCUCACAAAAUGUCCGAGUGGUGGGGGCUGAAAUAGCUUAUUUUGUGGAUGUCCUUAAGACUGAGUAUGGAUAUUCUCUUGAUGAUGUCCACAUCAUUGGCCACAGUCUGGGAUCCCACAUUGCUGGCGAGGCUGGGAGAAGGUUAAAUGGUCUCAUUGGACGAAUCACUGGGCUGGAUCCUGCUGAGCCUUGCUUUGAAGGGACCCCAGAAGAAGUCCGAUUGGAUGCCAGUGAUGCUAAGUUUGUUGAUGUCAUUCACACAGAUGCUAGUCCUGUCAUCCCUAACAUGGGUUUUGGAACAAGUCAAAUUGUGGGACACCUUGAUUUCUUCCCCAAUGGAGGAGAACACAUGCCUGGAUGUCAGAAGAAUGCCCUUUCACAGAUUGUAGACAUAAAUGGAAUCUGGGAAGGAACUCGUGAUUUUGUGGCAUGUAAUCACUUGAGAAGUUACAAGUAUUAUGCAGAUAGCAUCCUUAACCCAAAUGGAUUUUCUGGAUACCCUUGUGCUUCCUACAAAGCUUUUGAGGCAAAUAAGUGCUUCCCUUGUCCAUCUGGAGGAUGUCCACAGAUGGGCCAUUAUGCUGACAAAUUUGCUGGUAAAACAAAGACACAGGGACAGAUCUUUUAUCUCAAUACUGGAGAUGCCAGUAAUUUUGCACGUUGGAGAUAUAAGAUAGCUGUCACAUUGUCUGGAGCCAAGGUUACUGGAACAAUAGCAGUUUCUUUGUUUGGAGAUGAUGGAAACAGCAGGCAAUAUGAUAUUUUCAAGGGAACCCUAAGACCAGGUUACACACAUUCUAAUGAGAUUGAUUCAGAUGUCUAUGUUGGAACACUUCAAAAAGUUAAAUUUCUUUGGGGCAACAAAGUGAUCAAUCCAACUCUGCCCAGAGUAGGAGCAUCAAUGAUCACUGUAGAAACUUCAGAUGGACAGACGUUCAACUUCUGUAGCAAAGAAACUGUAAGAGAAGAUAUUCUGCUAACUCUCAAUGCUUGUUAAAAUCAUGUUACAGUGAAAUCUUUAUUUAUCAGAGUAAUAAAAGGCAAAUGUAAA